UUUGCGCGCUGUUACCUCGUUUUCUAAAGACCGACAGAGACUUCUUUCCCAACUUCCAGCCCAAACCCUUUUGGGUUUGUGUGUGAUAGUUGGGGCCCUGUGCUGCGCGUCCUUGCUGCUUCUGUCCUCCAAUGCGCUACAACGCAAGACUGCGUGGUGACGUGCUGCUACCAUCUCUUUUCUUCUCUAUGUCCUGCAGUGUGGAGACUUAAAUCCAAGGUCAUGGCAAAUCAUCUCAAGUUCAUUGCUAGGACUGUGAUGGUACAGGAAGGGAACGUGGAAGGUGCAUACAGGACCCUAAACAGAAUCCUCACCAUGGAUGGACUCAUUGAGGACAUCAAGCGUCGGCGUUACUAUGAGAAGCCGUGCCGUCGGCGACAACGAGAAAGUUAUGAAACCUGCCGGCGGAUCUACAACAUGGAAAUGGCUCGAAAGAUCAAAUUCUUGAUGCGAAAGAAUCGGGCAGAUCCAUGGCAGGGCUGCUGAGGCCUGUGGAUAGGAUGCCCAAUAUGAAAACCCUUGUCCAGUUUGUGUCUCCACCUAUUUUCUUUCUACAAUCCAUUUUCUGUUACCUUUCUCUACAAUAAAUUCAAUUACAUAUAUGAAAGAAGCAA